AUGGCCUCCAAAUUGCUGCCUCGAAUAUCGAGAUGCAUAAGUCACAAUACAAAAGUCUCGCGCCUACCGCAAUGCAGACACCUGAGUGUUACCUGCUCACGGGCGUCGGAUGCGCUUCAAGUACAUCGCGAUACCUCCGACAACAAUCCCUCAAUACCUUUCUCAUUCAAUGCCAUCAACCAAAAGCUCAUCGCCGAAAUCCUCAAGCGCUACCCUCCACAGUACAAAAAGGCCGCUGUAAUGCCGCUACUAGAUCUCGGCCAGCGCCAGCACGGCUUCACCAGCAUCAGCGUCAUGAAUGAAGUCGCACGACUGCUAGAAAUGCCCCCAAUGAGAGUCUAUGAAGUCGCGACCUUCUACACCAUGUAUAACCGAGCGCCCGUAGGACGUUUCCACCUCCAAGUUUGCACAACGACACCGUGCCAAUUGGGCGGAUGCGGUUCGGAUAAGAUCAUGAGAGCCAUUGAGGAUCAUUUGGGCAUACAUGCCGGUCACACAACUAAGGACGGUAUCUUCACGUUUACGGAAGUCGAGUGCUUAGGUGCCUGCGUCAAUGCGCCCAUGGUGCAGAUCAAUGACGAUUACUACGAAGACCUGACCCCAGAGACGACUGUCACGUUACUGAAAGCGCUGCAAGCAAGCGCCGAGACCACAGGAGCGGCCGGCGGGACAGCUGGGAUCGUAGGGGAAAGCGAUACUGGCCACGGAGGCAAGAAAGGUGCAGAUCGGGGUCAAGAGCCAGGCCACGUGCGUGAUCAAGGGAGAGGGUAUGCCGCAAAGGGGAUCAAGUUGCCCAGUCCUGGUCCAAUGAGUGGAAGAAAAACAUGUGAAAACAUCACAGGUCUCACGAACUUGACAAGCGAGCCAUGGGGAAAUGAGACGUUGAGGAAAGAUGGGGCUUUGUGA